AUGGGUUUCUGGAAUGACUUCAAGGCCGGUUACCGCAGGGGUUACCGCCAAAGUUUUGACGCAUCGUACAAUCAGGCGAUGAGGCUGUGCCCCGAAUGCCGAGCCAUUACUUUGAAGUCUUCUGCCGAGCGCAGACUUGUCCGGGAAUACCCAAACAAUCAAGCCCUGUACGACAGCGCAAAAACUGGAUGUGUCAUUUGCCUUUUCAUCCUUCAACGCAACAUCAAGCAAGACCGCGUCCGAUUCACAGGCGACGACGUGCUUGAACAGGCCAACGUGGACGCCCCGAUAAAGAUCUUUCAGACACUCGAGCAUGGACAGCACAAUCUCGAGUGGGAGUCAGAUGCCACCCUCGAGUUUCCUGGAGGCGCCUCUGCUGGCAUGUUCUACCGUGAAGUGUUUGGUGGUCUCGUUGCUGAUGACGGCAAGUCGCAGUCCUACUCCAAUUUAGGAGCCGCAAUCAGCGGACGAAGGAUUCACAGUGACGCGCAGACCAAAGAGAAUUUGCAGCGGGCCCGGUCAUGGCUCGAGACGUGCCUAGAUUCCCACCCGAAAUGCAGGUCAGAAAUCCCACAUCUUCCCACUCGCGUCAUCGACGUUGGCUCGUCAAACAAACACACGAAACUCGUCAUCACCGACGGAAAGACCUCAAAGCCAUACGUGGCUCUGAGUUACAGCUGGGGGGAAAGCCCAAACCUGCGGCUCGUCGCCAAGAACUUGCUGUCCUAUUCGCAGAGAGGCAUUCCGUUCAAGGCAACGCCCAAGAGCGUGCAAGACGCAGUCGCCAUCACCCGUAUCCUCGGGAUACGGUAUCUCUGGGUUGAUGCCCUAUGCAUCAUCCAGGACUCAUCUUCGGACUGGGACAAAGAGGCGGCCAUGAUGGGGGACAUAUAUUCGAACGCAACGGUAGUUAUCAAAGCUGCCUCCACCGCCGACUGUCAAGACGGGCUUUACCGGGCACGAGAGAGCGAUGAACUUGCGGACUUCAACCUGAAGAUGGAGUUGGAAGACAGAUCCUUGGGGUUCGCCUCGUUAAGGAUCGAGUCUCUAGUAACCGAUGAGCCUCUUGAUGGUCGUGGAUGGUGUCUGCAGGAGUCAUGGCUUGCUCGCCGCAUGCUCGUCUUCGGCUCGCGGCAGACUUGGUGGGAGUGUCCGACUUGCACGCUCACUGAAAGUGGAGGUGCGCAGGUGCAUGGCAAGCUUGGGCCUGCCCCAUUUCACAAGCCUACGCAUUUCGUAUAUGGAGGCAAAGAUGAUGAGGUGAGAGAUAGGUAUUCGUGGGAAAACGUUGUCCAAGACCUCACCUCACGGACUUUCACUUACGCUGAUGAUAAUCUGCCGGCCCUCGCUGGGAUAGCGAAGCUAUUUCACAGCACUAGUCACGUUGGGGACACAUAUGUCGCUGGCUUGUGGAAGUCUGGGCUGCCUCGGAACUUGAUAUUCACCGUUAGUCCUCAUAAAGCCCAGAAUCCAGCCGAAGACAGACCGGCAGCGUACCACGCCCCUUCAUGGUCAUGGGCAUCAACCAGCGGAACUAUAUACUGGGAAAAGCGACAGCACGCGGAUGACGAAGAAGACCAAGACAAAGAUGAAUAUCGAGAGGGGGAUGGGAACGGAGAACAAAGUAGGGACGAAGGGCAAGAUGCCCUUGGGGAUGAUGUCUAUGCCUCAGUGAAGUCCUACCAGGUGACCCCCAAAGGGCCUGAUGGCUUUGGGAAAGUCGAAACCUUCGGCUCCAUCACGCUUACCUCAAAGCCUCCCGAGUUCAAGGGAGGUCUCUGGACAUCGUGGAUCCCGCUCACGACGACUUAUUCAGGUCAUGCUUCACAAUGUACAUCAAAAUUCUGGCAAUGGGACGUUAGCAGUGGUGUGCUAGCCUGGGAUCCUGGGUUCGGCGUCAAGGUGAGCUCGGGCCUGCGUUGCGUGCCGCAGGCGGCCACGACCUGGUGGGAUCAGACGUGGCUGGGCCCCACGACCGAGACUGUCGUCAGUAUCGGGCCAUUUACUUGCCCUGAAGCCUUCACCCAGGUGGCCACGUCCGCCGUGGACGCGCAUAGCACGCAAGUGGCGUGCUGUCCAUCAGGCUACUUGUUCGUUGACUGGAUGCCGGCCGGGGUUGCCCGGCAGUGUUAUAGCGAUGUCUCCGCAGACGCCCUCGUCGUUGUCCACACAAGAGUCGAGUGUGACAAGUGGACUCAGGCAACGAUCCAGAUAAAUACGUCACCAACCAUCUGGGGCGCUCACAUAAACGGCUGGGUCUUUGCUGCUGAGCAGACGGCCGCGACGUCUCAAUCAUCUGAGACAACAUCCCAAUCACCGGAGACGACAUCGCCACCAUCCGAGACAGUAUUUCGAUCCUUGCAGACCACAUCUCAGUCAUCCGGGACAAUAUCGCCUCCCUGUUUCUCCUGCAACAGCAGCAAUAGCGACAAUACCAAAAGCACCGGGAUAGGUGUUGGGGCCUCGUUGGCCGCUGUCGGCAUUGCAACCCUAAUUGCAGGGCUGAUCAUGAUGCUCAGGUCGAAAAAGAUAUUGCGUGCUGCACGAAACGGAGAAGAAAUGCCCCAAAACACAGAAAUACCCCAACAGGACUCUCGAAACAGCCACGAGCGGCCUGUUUCUCCAGCCGGGGAUAAUGUUCAUGCUCGUCAGCCAUAUGGCAAACCAGCCGGCGAGCUCUACGGUUCCGACCCUACCUUGUUCCACGCCGAGGCGCCCGCUCCACAAUAG